AUGUCUAAACAGAUCCAUAGGGAGGGUGGUGGCAGCGCUAAAAAAACUAAUGCGUCCGUCGCGCGUGGCAUUAGGCUGAAAAAAGUGGCGGCAAAUAAGCCCGGUCCGAGAAACGACGGCACCACAGGCAGCAACGAAGAUCCGGCGCAAGGGAGCGCGAGUCUUGCAGUCCGGUCGGCGGAGAGAGAGGGAUCAGCGACAGGGGGAAACCGUGGAGACGAUCCCCGCGCCAAGCAUGCCGCAACCAAGGAGUCCAAGGCGGAGGCAUCACAACACCAUCUGACGCUGCUCCAGCCGACCGUGGUCGAAGUUUCUGCAGCCGUGCUGGAUAAGGACAAGGUGGGGGAGCACGAGUUGAUGGAGGAUCCUAACCACAGCAUCGCCGACGUUGGUGGCUCUCCUCCUUCUGGUGGACGGGGGAGGCGUAGGCAGCGGAAGAUCAAUAGGGAGGAUGAUUAUGACACCACCGUGCCCGGGGACAUCACCACACGCGCGAAGAGGCGGCAGACGACAGGCAGUGCUGACGACGCCGGACGCGCGGAAGUUGGGACAACGCGAGGCGCCACGGAAGCACUCAGCAAGGUGGGCGGUCAUGCAUUGCGCCAGAAGGGCCGACCCGCAGCAAGAAAAACAUCUGGCGGAAGGAGGGGCAUGAAAGCAGCAACGAGGACGAGGCCGAAACGGGGCAAUGAAGACCCUGGUGAUGCGGAGGAGGAGGAUGAGGAGGAGGAUGCGGAGGAAGAGGAGGAGGAAGAGGAUGCGGAGGAGGAUGACGCAGAUGUUGGGGAGGAUGAAAAAGAUGAGAAUGAUGGUGGGGAGGACGAAGAGGAGGAGGAGGAGGACGAGGACGAGGAGGGCAAGGAGGAGGAGGAGGAGGAGGAGGAGGAGGAGGAGGAGGAGGAUGAGGAGGAAGAUGAGGAGGAGGAUGAGGAGGAGGAGGAUGUGGCGGCAGUGAAGGGACGGGGCGGGCAUGGCAGACGGGUGAGUGGUAGAGGGAAGGUGGGGGGGGCGGACUUGCCAUUCCCGAAAAUGCGGGGCAGUUGA